AUGAAUACACAAAUUAAAGCAACCAGAUAACCAUUAUCUCAAAUUGAUUUUAAUUAAGAUCUAGAUAAUUGUGGCACAACACCUAAACAUAAAUAAUUCAAAACUGCUAUUACACUAAAUAGUGAUUAUAAGAAUAAUCAAAAUUAUAAUGUCCAAUUCAAGGUCAAAUAGUAGAAUCAAGCAAUAGAUUAACCUAGCAUUAACAAUGCAAGCAGACUUAAUGAAAAUAAUACAAUUUUCAUGAGUCCUGCUCCACUUCGCAGAAAUACUCAAUUUCAAAUAUAAUAAUAAUAAUAGCAAUAGAUUACUUCACCUUUAUAGAAGAACUAUAGUUAGAAGCAUUUUUAACCCAAUUCUCCAAUUACUAAACCCAGCAUGCAAUUUAGAGGAGUAUCUCAAUAACCCUUUAAUUAAAAUGUCUCUCAUACAACAACCCAAAAAUUAGAGUCAGAUGUUCAAAUUCUCAAGAAUCAGAAUCAUGCACUUUAAUAAUAAAUAUUUUAAUUAGAGUCUAAUAUUUAGAGAGGAAACAGCACUCAAUUCAUUAAAGAAUUAGAAAACAAAAUUUUAAUGCUUUCAAAAUUAAACGAAAAAUUAAAUUAAGAUAAUUAACAACUAAUAAAAAUUAGUAAUGUAGAAUAACUCAGAAAAGAAAAGGAUCUCCAAUCCAAACAAUUAGAGGAAUUGGAGAGUCAAUAUGAAAACUUGUUAAAAUAGUUUGAGUAAUUCGAUUGUUAGAAAUUGAAUGAAAUGGAGUAAAUGAAUCAAGAAAAUAAGAUAGAGCAAUUGGUUAUGGAUCUGGAAGAUAAAAUCACUGGAUUGAUAAUUGAGAAUGAGAAAUUGAAUUAAUAGAUUUAAGAAGGGAUGAAAAUUGAUUAAAAUAUUGAAUAACUCUAGUUAGAAGUGCAAUCACAUUAGAUCGCAUAUUAAAAAUUGAAACAUGAAGAAGUCUAAUAUAGAUAUAAAUACGAUACAGCAAAUUAUGAUGAGAAAGUGAGCAAGAGACAUCAGCAGCAAAAUGAUAGUAGUAGAGAUAAAGUAUUCGAAAAUAUUAAACUCUUGGAAGAGGAGAACUCUAAGUUGAGAGGGCUAUUAAAGGAUGAGGAUUAUGAGGAGGAGAUCAAGGAUCUGGAAGAUAGGAUUCGAGUGAUAGCCCAAGAUAAUAAAAAGCUAGAAAUGUAAUUGUUGUAGAAGUGA